GCUGUUUAUUUCCUCUGCCAGCUGCACACUCAGGUUUUCUGUUUUCACAGUGCUGCCUCUGUGGUUUAUGAUGUCUUGCAUUCCCUGCCACACCUCCCGUGUGUUGUUGCUGGACAGGUGGGACUCGAUGUUUCUUUUGUGGUCUGACUUAGCUUUUUUAAUCCCCCUUUUCAGGUCAGCUCGAGCAGCCCUGUACAGAGCUCUGUCACCUGACCUGAAGGCGGCAUCGCGGGCUUUGAGGAGUGAGCGGACCUCGCUGGUCAUCCAGGGUUUUUGGUUUGGGAAAACCCAAAUGCUUUUGUCCACAGUCACAUUUGCAGUACAGAACUUAAUGUAAUCCAGUACUGAUCCUGUGAAAGUUUCUAGGUCCUGGUGUUCAAAUAUGUCCCAGUCUGUCUGUGUGAAGCACAAAAUGCAGCUACUAUCGUGUACAAAACAACCACGAACGGAGGUUAUUAGAUGCCCAUCUGUUUAGAUCACAAAGCUCUGCUGUCAACCAAAGUGUUUACUGACAAAUAACAAUAUGCAUCUGCAUUUCAUAUGCUAAACUCACUUUCACGCAGGGUGUUAGAUGCAAUAAAAAUAACCUUGUAAUCCAAGUUAUGUGAACAUUCAAUGUCUAGGACUUGAAAAUGUGAUCUUUUCUGAAAGUGUUAGUUUAAAAAAUGGCUAUAUUUUGAAUGACACAAACAAUAAUAAUACAAUAACAAACAUGCUUUUGUGUGGUGCAUUUCAAGUGAUAGAAAGGUAAACAGUAUUUGUGCGCUAGCAAGCAAACAGACACAGUUUCACAAGCAUGUAUACACAAGGUGUUGCUCAAUUACUAGGAAUCUCUUUCCAGCUUCUCGGUGCUGGGUUGCAAGCAGGGACAUGACCGAUCACUCUCUGAACUUCUUUCACUUGCCUCAUUUGUAAUUCUGCCACAGAGGAGUGAGGUUGUACAGACACGCAAUGCCUAAUAAUUGUACUCCUGUUGAAUAUGACUUUGAACACAAAAUUCUACCUUCCAUUUACACCGUGGUAUUCAUUAUUGGUCUGGGAGCUAAUGGAUGGGGGAUGAAGUCGAUCUUGCAGAAACAGAAGAAAGUUGGAAACAAUGUGUUUCUUUUAAACAUUGGACUUGCCAAUUUUUUGUUCCUUCCAACACUACCAUUUUUGUCAGCGUACUAUUUUAUGAACAGUAAUUGGAUCUUUGGAGAUGCCUUCUGCAAGAUCACAAGAUUCUGCUUCAACUUGAAUUUAUACGGCAGCAUUGGAUUCCUCACCUGUAUAAGUGUGGACAGGUAUCUGGCUAUUGUCCAUCCACUGAAAGCGAUGGGAAUGAUCACUGUCCGUAACUCUGUAGCUAUUUCAGUCGUGGUUUGGUUGUUGGUGAGUGUUCAAAGUCUUCCAGACAUGCUCUACCUCAAAACAUCUGCAAGCAACACCACCAAUACAAGUGAAACUGCAAAAUGCUACCAUACCACCUCUACAAAGUAUGUCGAGGAUUACUUAAUAUACAGUCUUGGACAGACACUCACUGGGUUUUGCAUCCCGUUCUUUAUCUUACUCGGCUGCUAUGGACAUGUGAUUUUGGUUCUCUGCCAAAGUAAUACCAUUGACAAGGAAGUAAAACAAAGAAGCUUAAAGUUGUUAUUCAUUUUGAUUCUUCUCUUCUCAGUUUGUUACAUCCCAUAUCAUAUUUUUAGGAACCUCAACCUUUAUGCAAGAGGAUUAUUAAAAAAGGAGAAAUGCCCUUCAUGGAAUAAUGGAGUCUUCAGUGCUCAUCAGAUAAGUCGUGGUCUUGUGUGUCUGAAUAGUAUUUUGAACCCCCUGGUUUACCUCCAUAUCAUGGAUAUUUCUACUCAUUUCAAUCAGCUUCUCCGGCGAUCUUGUCAUAUGUUUAAUCGUCUGACUGUAUCAAGAUAUGGCAGUGUGCAGGUGACACAGUCUACACAAGACUAGUUCAUUGUUGACUUUGAUCUCAUCAUUUACUGCUGUGUGUAAGGGCUACACUGUUCAUUUACUGUCCUUAUUUUUUCUAUUUAUUACUUUCUUUUUUAUACUUAUAUUCUAUUAGGGCUACAUAUAUAUUUUUAUUUCUGUGUUUGCCAGGAUCAUGUUGCACUAUGUAGAAAAUGUUUUAAAUAAACUAUGGAUUCAGAGGAAACAGCUCCAUGUGUCUGUGUUAUGACAGGUCUGUGAAAGGAAGCUAAUGUCAACAGAGAAUAACUAAA